UGCACCUGCAGACAGCUCCUCCUCGUUCACUCUUGGUCGCCCAUGAGCUUCACACGCGCCACCCGGCCAUUCCACAAGGUCCUUGUUCGUUCUAUAAAGCCGUCAUUGCCGCGACCGCCUUCUAGAGCCAUGCAUAUCCAGUCGCUUCCUAUGUGGACUGGGAAGGGCAAUAACUAUGCCUACCUGGUAACCGAUGAGCCGACAAAGCAGUCGGUUAUUAUCGAUCCUGCUAACCCGCCGGAGGUUGUCCCGGAGUUAGAGGCCCAAACCAAGGCCGGGAAGAUCAAUCUGACGGCUAUUGUAAACACGCAUCACCACUGGGAUCACUCAGGCGGCAACAACGAGGUGCUCAAGGCCUUCAAAGUCCCCAUCAUUGGCGGCAAAGAUUGCCAGUCUGUUACGAGAACCCCAGCCAACGGGGAGGUCUUCAAAAUCGGAGACCGCAUCUCCGUGACGGCGCUGUACACCCCGUGCCACACGCAAGAUAGCAUUUGCUACUUCAUGCAGGACGGGAAUGACAAGGCUGUUUUUACCGGCGAUACGCUUUUCAUUGGCGGAUGCGGCCGGUUCUUCGAGGGUACUGCGCCUGAAAUGCAUAAGGCGUUGAACGAGACGCUGGCUGCUCUUCCGGAUGACACAAAGGUUUAUCCUGGACACGAGUACACCAAAGGCAACGUCAAGUUCUGCCUUGCGGUAUCGCAGUCUGAGCCCAUCAAGAAGUUGCAGGCUUUCGCGGAUGCGAACAAGCAGACACAGGGCAAGUUCACGAUUGGCGAUGAGAAGCUUCAUAACGUGUUCAUGCGUGUCACCGACCCCGAGAUCCAGAAGAAAACAGGAAAAACAAACCCCGUCGAUGUCAUGGCUGCUCUGCGCGAGAUGAAGAACGCAAUGUAAUGACCAACUCUACUCAAUUUCAAACAAGUCCAAAGAAUAUGAAUGCCAUUCAAAUAUAAUUCAAGUAUAAACUACGUGUGUAAUUUGAUUGUUUCCCGUCUUACCACCCAGCCUCCCAUUCCCAUAGUUAAAUGGGGUCCAAGCCGGGCUAUCGUUCAGGGACUCUGGCCAAAGACCAGAUCUGUAUAGAAUUCAUCUUGCUUCUGUGUCCAC